CUGCGGAGCUGGCCUUCCAGAAGCGGACGUGUAGCUUUCCCAGUCGGCAGCAUUUCAAGUUGCUCCGUGGAACAUUGCGAAUCCCGGCCGGUUCGUGUCGAAAGAGACUCCUCGCCGCUGGAAGCGCGUACACGCCUUUGCUCGUCUCUGCCCGCGAUCGUGAUACAGGUGACGUGCGUGUGCUUGUGAAGGUAGUGGAGACGUGUGCUGGUGUCAGCACGAUGGCAUCACGCCAGCGCUGCGCUGUCGCCACCGGCAGCGGCAGAAGCCACCCGAUGCAGAAUCAGCAGCAACGCACUCAGAACACCGCAACGCCCAGACGCGGGGAGAGCGACGAAGCCCGUCCUGACCAGAAGACCGAGGAAGGUUGCAGCGGGAGCCUCGGGCGGUGGCCGGCCAUUGUGGUGCAACAUCUGCCGACGACUUGCACAGGCUUCCUCCGCGAGAUGCUCUGGUCACUCGGAUCAUUCGUCACCGAACGUGAACGGCCUUCCAUCUUCCAACCUUUCUACUCGUCUUCGAAUGUCGACGACGGAGUGCCCGAGCCAGAACAGAAGCCCGUCCUCUGCGAAUGCGACGUCGGCGUAAUCCAGCAGCCAGCGCAGUCAGCUCAGUUGAUGCAGUUCGACGUGGAGCAGGACGAAGAAAACGGCACUGAAGAGCUACACGCUGGUACCGUCGUGACACUGCACACGACGAUGGCCGACGGUAGCGGCGACGAGCAGCGGGACCUGGCGCUCAUCGAGCGUUGGCGGGCAAAUUCUGAGCCGGAAGCCAACUACGGUCUGGUGAAGAAGACCUACGUCACAGUGGCCGUCACGCUGAUGCACUGGGUACGCGUUGACAUUGGUGCAUGGCGCCGUGCGAGUGGUUAAUUUCCCGGAACACUGCACUGCGGCCAUUAACUCAUCGGCUGUCUGCACGUAUACCCUCCGUGUGGCCUCGUGCUACGCGAAAGUGCCAAGGCUGACUCGGUCACUGGCAGCCGAAUGGCCAGGACGCCCCAUCGCGGUACCACGUUGAAGGCUCCGCCACGCGCUCGUGUUUCGAGAUGGGCACGUCAAGAACUCGGGCAAAAGCAGAAAGUUUUCACGACCUCUACGACUACUUGUUCUUGAACGUGUUUGACUCGAUCACGAUGUGUGACGAAGAAGGAUUCAACGAGUGCUUUCACAUGUAAGCCAGGUGCUUCAGCUCCCGCCGUUUAGUGACGUACAUGUAUUCCGGAACAUGGGCAGACGUGGGAUCCAGCCGCCAGUGACACGGAAUGUUUGGAGAUUUCCGACUACGCCAUCUUUUAGGCUAGCCACCAGUCGCGACCAGAGGCGAUUCUUUUUCGUCAUGAUGAAACAGAAAAGGCGGAGUGCCAACACAAGAGGCCCCGCUGUCCUGUACAGGUGGUGGUGGAACAGUUACGUUUGACAGCCCGGGACCCCCAAGUGUCGUUUGAUGUUUUGUGCGAUUUUUAGUUGGGAAUGUUUUGUUUGCGUGUAAUUUUUGUGCUAUUACGACAGAAUUUGUUGUGUUAAUAAAA